CUUACACCCACCCACGUCCGCCAUCCAUUCAACCCUACACCUAUCCACGCAGUCAGUGCCUACGAACCUUGUCCUGCUUGCCGACCGACCUUGCAACCCGCUCAUCCAUACAUUUUACUCGCCCACCCUCCCUCCUUGUGUGAACCCCAACUGGGAACCCUUUCUUCCUCUUGUUCCCCCUCCGUCUCUUCGUCCACGGCACAGGAAGCAGAAGCAACAUUACCAGCCAUCAGCCAACACCCGUCGACCUCUCUGUACUGCUGUCCGACACGCAGCAACCCACGACGUCUCAUAUAUCGCCGACCGCCUCACCCUUCGCGCCAACACGCCGCGCCCACUACAUUGCGAACUGCUGUAAACCACCCAGACCCUUCAACGCCGCUGUUGUCCCAUCACGUGUACACCCUGCAGCCAACCCCGGAGUACUCAACUCGUCUGUCGCAUUGGGCCCAUCGUCGUCUGCUUUUGAUUGGAAGAGGAGACAUCUGCAUCGAGGGAACAACAAACGCACGCAUAUACAACCUCCUACUGGCCCCCUCCCCCCAGCACGAGCCCAACCACCGCGAUCCAGGCCGAGGUAUCUGUACCCUGCACCGAAAUCGUACACGUGGAACGACUUGCUGCCCUUGACAAACGGUCUGCUCCAACACUUGACCAGUCUUUAUUGGAGAAAAGAAGGGUUUUCCUACCAAGAUUGGGAAGAGUCAUCAGUCCCGGCCACCAUCAUCACCGCCUCGGACGGCCAGCUUCGAAACACCACAGCACCGCCCCGUCGUCGCCUGGGUGGAAACAAGAACAAGACAGACGCAACACAGGAGGAAGAAGCACAACGAGAAUGUCGAGUUGAAAGACCCGGCUGACAGAACCAUCUGAGUGGCGUCGAUAACCGACCAAGUACACACCUCAACAGUACUUACACCAGGCCGCAACGACUUCGCGCGCUUCCCACCCCCACGACAAGAACGGCAACCUUGCACAACUUGAACCCGAACCCUCAACGAAUGUGUGCAUGGCAAUGACAGCAGAUCAACAAAGCCUGACACUACAUCUCGGCUUGACUUCGCUGUCACCGCAUCGCCCCUUUUUGUUUUAAGUCUUGCUCCUCCGCUUACCCCACCACGCUCGCCAAAGUGCCGCAGCACGACUCCGACCCCAAUAUCGUCAUAACUGCCCUGUCUCGCCCAACUGACCUCGCCCUCUCCCACCCACUACUUGCACAGCACGACUUGCAAACUCAUUGACCACGCCGGUCGACGCAGACAUCAUGUCACCCAAGCUGAAGCCAUUGUUGUUGCCCCAGCUCGUGGAAGAGCGCCGCAAGUUUGAGGAACAGCAACCCGAAUUCCCAGAAGGCGACAUGGACCGCCAGUACAUCUACUAUACGGCAAACUCGUCCUCUUCCGACGUUGUAUCACCCGUCACCCCAACUUUCUCGACUCGAGGGCAUCUGCGCUACUCCAGCUCGACCUCGUCCCUCGAUCUUCCCCCCACGUUGUUCAACGACUGCCCCUCGUCACCAACCUCAACUACCCAUACCAAGUCUUCCAAACGCCUACUUCCCGACGUGGAAGAGGAGCCUUUGGAGCGCGAAGAGAUGGAAGACAGCACUAUUCUCGCUGAGCAAUUCGAUCUCUACAACUGUUUGUGCGAUGAACCCUGCAUUCAUCACAACGAAAGCUCCGAAACUCUCCACAGCGUUUACCCUACCGACUUCGAUAUCGACUACGACUUGGGCUUUGCGAGCGACAGCGACUUCACUGCGACCCUCGAGCGGAAGCGUAGUGGCACCGAAUCGCCCUUUUCUGGCCUGGCCACACGCCUUGGAACGCGUUUUCCCAAUCUGUCACGGUGGAAAUCCACGAAGCGGUCACAGUUGACUGCGUCGCCGACCACAGGAUUGACCUAUGAACACGCCCUUUCAGUUUCUCGCGCAGCAUCAAGCCGUUCAUCCUCAUUAUCCGGCCCGUCACGCCACUUGGACAGCAUCAACGAGCCACCGAUCCCCACCCCUGCUACGUCCUUCUGGGAAAGCAGCGAGAGCGUGGAGACCCCGGCCCCCAUUGACAUCGAAAAGGCCAACAACGAGAGGGGCAGCAUCGAGCGCGACCGCGCUCUCGCAACAACGCCUCUGCUCCCUCCUCUCCUUACCACUCCGCCAACCGAAGCCCCCCAACCUAGUCCGCUCCAGUCUCCCACUGUAGCUCCAUCAACAUUCUCCAUGGAAAUCCCCUCGCCGCAGCCGCUUUCUCACCUUCCUACGCCUGCACUCAGCACGAGGCCAUCCGUCUCUUCCUUCCGGCAUGCACAGUCUUCACAAGAACUACCCAUCGGAUUCCCCUCCAUCGUGCAAGAUCACGACGAGUGGUCUGACCGCCUCGGCCAUGCCAACUUUACCAUCACGCCACAACCUUACCAGCCGGUGGAAGCCGAUAUGGAGACCCUUCGCCACCUGCGUGCAGACUGGGAAACUGCUCGUGUAAAUUACACGAAGCACCUAGUUCGCACCGGCGAGAACUACGGCGAGACGUCCAAGAUCUACGCGCUGACGGAAGCGAAAUGGGCUGAGACGGAGAAGAGCUGGCGCAACUUCCAUGAGCAGACGAUGGAAUACAUCCUUGCCACCAGCAAGACAACCACAUCGCAUUCGGGCGUCUCUCGCAGCCGUAGCCGCGGGCGUGUUCGCGCCAGCAGCGGAGGCGCUGCCCUCCUCCGCCGACCUGGCAAUGACGACGUCUUUGCUAGCAUGCAGUGGCGGCGUCUCGAGGAUGGGUUGCCCACCGCGAUUCCCCGUCUCAUUGACGCCGAGGGCAAGUUUCCCGAGCGCGGGGAUGAAGACAUUGUUGGACCCAUGGAACGUGACACCAAGAUGAUCCGCACCCGGAGUGAGGAGCGCAAAGGCGGUCGGUUCUGGCGUAACCUGGCCGAAAAGGUUGGCAUUCGGAGGUGAAGCAAAACCCCCCUCAGCCGAACCGAAAGACCCUUUACACAUCAUCUCGCGAUCUCGAAUCUUUUGAGAGGCGGGGCCUAGGAAUCCGCGAUUCCGCCAUUACGAUUAACGUCAGCAAAACUAAACCGAUGAUCGAACUUUGCUCAACAUGGGCGACUACCAUCCCUUCUUCUGAACUUAUUCUUUUUCAAGAUACCCGACUAUCGUCGCUCCUUCAUCACCACACGCCUUGACUAGGCCACGUCUCUUACGACACGUUACGAUCUACGCUUUUGCUUUCGCCGUCCGCUUGAACUAGAAGGCCCCAAAACCUGGGGCAUUCGCCAAUCUUAUUAUUGUCUUAUUUCUACUACCUAUUACCCUCACUGUCUAGAGCAGCACAGUGCGCCUCACUGGCAUCUGAGGCCUGUAGAUACUUUGCAUUUCUACCAGAGGAACAUAUGGAGCCACCGAAAGGAGGUGUUUUCAACAACAAAAAAGCAGGGACAAAAUCAACAUUAGACUCGGGAAAAGCCAUACCGGAGUUACAGACCCAGGCCCACGGGAUAUUGUGGCAGUCUGUUUUGUGUAUUUACUUGGGUGUAUUACGGAAGUGAGGCUCGGCCCUGCGAUGGGACCGAGCCCAGCCAUCUUGUACAGAGCUGUUUCUUGUACGAAGAGUCUCCAGCUUGGGGAGAAGUCUUUUGCGACCCGUCUUGUCCCAGCCUCGGGCCUAGAGUCCAUGAGUGGCAGUGCAGUAUGGCAUCGUAUGAUGGCUUGAAUAAAAAACCACUUGAUAAUUAUUUCUGUUUUGUUUCGUACGUGAUUCCCAUGCUCGUAUUCCAUCUUAUUCUCCAUAUCCUCUUUCGUGUCAGUUUGUAUGGAGGCGAGCCCUGCCUACCCACCUCGAUAAGUAAGCGGUCAGCUCGUCGGAGGCCGUCAGCUACUCUCAUGUUUGAGGGGACCACAACAUGGCCGCCUCUCGUCCCAGAAAGGACUCCCCCUUCCCCUCGUCAAGAUCGUGACGGAUGCAACAAGCUGUCGGAUCACACCAGAAGGGGCUCCCUGGGCUCGCUUGCGGCUUCUCGCACCCGCAGUCCGCCUCCCGUUACUGGUGACCCGCGAAGUAAGCACCGUCCAUGCGUAGAGACGUGAUGGGUUCGGCCCUCC